CUAGUAGUAGUAGCUGUAGUAGCUGUAGUAUCUGUAGUACCUGUAGUACGUUGUAGUAUCUGUAGUAUCUGUAGUAGGUGUAGUAGCUGUAGUAACUGUAGUAGCUGUAGUAGGUGUAGUAUCUGUAGUAGAUGUAGUACCUGUAGCAUCUGUAGUAGUUGUAGUAUCUGUAGUAUUUAUAGUAGCGGUAGUAGGUGUAGUAUCUGUAGUAGGUGUAGUAUCUGUAGUACCUGUAGUAGGUGUAGUAUCUGUAGUAGGUGUAGUAUCUGUAGUACCUGUAGUAGGUAUAGUAUCUGUGGUAGGUGUAGUGUCUAUAGUAGGUGUAGUAUCUGUGGUAGGAGUAGUGUCUGUAGUAGGUGUAGUAUCUGUGGUAGGAGUAGUGUCUGUAGUAGGUGUAGUAUCUGUGGUAGGUGUAGUGUCUGUAGUAGGUGUAGUAUCUGUGGUAGGUGUAGUGUCUGUAGUAGGUGUAGUAUCUGUGGUAGGAGUAGUGUCUGUAGUAGGUGUAGUAUCUGUGGUAGGUGUAGUGUCUGUAGUAGGUGUAGUAUCUGUGGUAGGUGUAGUGUCUGUAGUAGGUGUAGUAUCUGUGGUAGGUGUAGUGUCUGUAGUAGGUGUAGUAUCUGUGGUAGGUGUAGUGUCUGUAGUAGGUGUAGUAUCUGUGGUAGGUGUAGUGUCUGUAGUAGGUGUAGUAUCUGUGGUAGGUGUAGUGUCUGUAGUAGGUGUAGUAUCUGUGGUAGGUGUAGUGUCUGUAGUAGGUGUAGUAUCUGUGGUAGGUGUAGUGUCUGUAGUAGGUGUAGUAUCUGUGGUAGGUGUAGUGUCUGUAGUAGGUGUAGUAUCUGUGGUAGGUGUAGUGUCUGUAGUAGGUGUAGUAUCUGUGGUAGGUGUAGUGUCUGUAGUAGGUGUAGUAUCUGUGGUAGGUGUAGUGUCUGUAGUAGGUGUAGUAUCUGUGGUAGGUGUAGUGUCUGUAGUAGGUGUAGUAUCUGUGGUAGGUGUAGUGUCUGUAGUAGGUGUAGUAUCUGUAGUAGGUGUAGUGUCUGUAGUAGGUGUAGUAUCUGUGGUAGGUGUAGUGUCUGUAGUAGGUGUAGUAUCUGUGGUAGGUGUAGUGUCUGUAGUAGGUGUAGUAUCUGUGGUAGGUGUAGUGUCUGUAGUAGGUGUAGUAUCUGUGGUAGGUGUAGUGUCUGUAGUAGGUGUAGUAUCUGUAGUAGGUGUAGUGUCUGUAGUAGGUGUAGUAUCUGUGGUAGGUGUAGUGUCUGUAGUAGGUGUAGUAUCUGUAGUACGAGUAGUGUCUGUAGUAGGUGUAGUAUCUGUGGUAGGUGUAGUGUCUGUAGUAGGUGUAGUAUCUGUGGUAGGUGUAGUAUCUGUAGUACCUGUAGUAGGUGUAGUGUCUGUAGUAGGUGUAGUAUCUGUGGUAGGUGUAGUAUCUGUAGUACCUGUAGUAGGUGUAGUAUCUGUGGUAGGUGUAGUAUCUGUAGUACCUGUAGUAGGUGUAGUGUCUGUAGUAGGUGUAGUAUCUGUAGUAGGUGUAGUAUCUGUAGUACCUGUAGUAGGUGUAGUAUCUGUGGUAGGUGUAGUAUCUGUAGUACCUGUAGUAGGUGUAGUGUCUGUAGUAGGUGUAGUGUCUGUAGUAGGUGUAGUAUCUGUGGUAGGUGUAGUGUCUGUAGUAGGUGUAGUAUCUGUAGUAGUUGU